AUGAGCAACUUCACAAGCAAUCCUAUUAUCCAACGCGACGCCCCGAACGCGGUGGUCUACGACCUCUCCGAGCCGCACCAGGUCACCAUCACCCUGCCCGCCAGCUCAACAUGGAGCAGUGGCCUGCACUGGCACGAGCGACACGUUGAAUACCUGCGCGUCGUCAAAGGCAGCGUCCAAGUCACCCUUGACAGCCAAGUCCGCACGAUAUCAGCAACAGACGCCGAGACGGAAGUGAGGGUCAACCGAAACGUCUGGCACGAGUGGAGGAGGCGGGCUGAUGUAGAGGACGACGAGGAUGUGGUGGUUGUGGAGAGGACGGAUCCAGAGGAUGGCGAGAAGACGGUCUUCUUUUGGAACCUGAACGGGGUUCUUCUCAAGGCGCAGAGCCUGAACUGCCCGCCGUACAUGCCGAAGCUGCUGCAUAGCAUCUUACUGGAUGCUUGGGUUACGCUCAGCCUCUUUUCCAUCUUUCGUGUGCUUGACAACGUCCCCGUCUUUGUCAACGUCCUCCAAGCAUUUUCAAAGAGGGGUUUUGUCUUUGCGGAGAAGACGCUGGGGCAUAACGUCUUGCGUGGCGUGGAUGUCAUCAUUUCUCGCAUACUCCUAUUCGUCGCGUCUGGCAUCUCACUGUUGUUUGGUAUCAGAACUGUGCGGGAAGAAUUCACCCCGGACGAUGUGCGACAGGCUUGGGUCGCUUCCAACGCCGGGGGAAGGAAACCCAAGAAGGCUUGA